AAUAGCAUUAACCUGUUCUUUUGUGCUUUAUUUCUGUGUGCAGGCAGUGAUUAAUUGCAAUGGCAGAUGAGGUCAUGGUAGGAGACCAUCAACCAUUGCUUGCAAAAGAUGGGAGGAGUAGCAUAAGCUUGAUAUUUUUUAAGUUGAUCUGUAUUAUCUUCUUGGCGGGUGCAAUUUGCUACCUCUUCGACAGCAACUUUAAUGCAUGGGCAGUGGAGGCUGAACAAUUCUCCUUGUCACUCGAGAAACAAGAUGCAUUAAAUAUAAGGCCUCCAACAAAGGAAUCAACUGUUCAAGAGCAGCAGUUGAAGAAAGAAGAAUGUGAUCUUUGGGUUGGAGAAUGGAUACCAAGCCCUGCAGAACCAGCAUACACAAAUGAAACCUGCAAUCUAAUACCACCAUAUCUAAACUGUCUGAAUAAUGGGAGGCCUGAUACAGGUUACCUUCACUGGAGAUGGAAACCGAAUGCCUGCGACUUGCCUCCCUUUGAUCCACUAAAAUUUCUGAAUGCAAUGCGCGAUAAAUCAUUUGCAUUCAUUGGCGAUUCAAUUUGCCAUGGCCUUGUGUUUUCCUUGAUAUGCCAACUAUCAAAGGUGGAGAAGCCUCAUGAUAUCUAUCAUGACUCCGCAUACAACAGUAGGACAUGGUACUAUCCUUCUUACAACCUCACCAUUUAUGUGAUCUGGGCUCCAUAUUUGAUUCAUUAUGAAACUACUGAUAACCAUGGAGAUGCAUCUGAAAUACACUUACACCUUCAUCUUGACAUCUUGGAUAGCAAGUGGACCAAUGAGUACAACAACUAUGACUAUGUGGUGAUCUCCAUUGGCCCACAUUUCUACAAAUCAAGCAUCAUAUAUGAGAACAACCAAGUCAUUGGUUGCCAUUACUGUCCUCAUCUGGAACUAAAAAAGAUUGCAAUUGAUGAGAUUUACAGGAAGGCACUCCAGUUGAGUCUCAAGUCCAUUGCCACAUCUAAGCACAAGCCCUUUGUUAUCCUUAAGACAUGGUCACCGGAUCACUCUGAGCGUGGAGAGUUGCCCAAUGAAAUAGUUUGCAAUAGGACUAGGCCAUUCAAAGAAUGGGAAAUCAAUAUUGGUGAUCAUGGCUUUAUUAUGAGGAGAGUUGAGGUUGAGGAGUUUGAGAAGGCUGCAGCGAUUGGAGCAAGUAAUGGAGUGAGAAUGAAGCUACUUGAUACUUACCAUCUUUCACUCUUAAGACCUGAUGGGCAUCCUGGUCCUUAUCGUACUUAUCAUCCAUUUGAUGGUGAUAAGAAAAUCAAAAUUGAUUGCAUGCAUUGGUGCUUGCCUGGUCCUGUUGAUACUUGGAAUGAACUGUUACUACAGAUGGUAAUAAGUGGAGAUGCUGAUGACUCUGGUUCUUCCUUGCUUUAGAUUAUUGUCACUUUUUAUUUUUUUGGUUUAUUAUAUGGUUCUUUUGGAUAAAGUUGCCAGCAUGGCAGCCAAGCUGGAGCAGCAAUAUUUGAGCCGUAUUAAUUGGAUGGAGGAUUUGGGUUUGCACCAUUGAGCUACCAAGUCAGCGUAUAAGUCAGAUAGGUCAUUAUGCUUUUGUAUUGCCUUGGAAAGGCCUAGUUGAUGUGACUUAAUUGUUAUGGUUUGGUG